AAAACAGUCAUAUUAGGCUUCGCUUUCUUUUUCACUAUUUUCCGUGUCAGUCGCCAUUCUCACUCUCUCUCUUCUCUGCACUUUACCUUUCCCUCUACGCAAUUUAUCACUCUCCCCUAUUUCUCCUCAUUCCCAUAACUCUCUCACCUCAGCUAAUUUUCCCAAACUUUUUUGCUGCUCUUAUGCUUAGGUUCAAUUAAUUGAACUGAGUGGUUUGUUUUUAUAAGAAAAAUGCAUUGUACCGGCGAACCACCGUCACAGCCGCCGUCCACGGCCGAAACCCUUGCCCAAAUAAACCACCUCCUCACCCAUCUCCUCCCCUUUUCUCUUUCCAUCAAGUCCUUCACUUCCCGCUGGCAAGUUCUCCGGUCGAAACUCGCUACCGUCAAGUCUCUUUUAUCCGAAAUCUCCGAUUCACCUCAUUGGACGGAAAACGAGCUUCUUCCGACGCUGCUCCCGAAUCUUCUCUCCACUGUACUCCGUGUACAAACUCUAUGCGAGCAAUGCUCCGACCCGGAUAAAACUCCGGGUAAGCUAUUAAUGCAGUCCGAUCUUGACAUGGCUUCGGGUUGGCUUUCAAAACAGAUCCAUCACCUCGACCUCCUUUGCCGUUCCGGUGUGCUCCGUCAGUCUACCGCUAUAGUCCUCUCUCACCCUUCCGUUAACUCUACAAAAGACGAUUUAGUCCUUUUUAUUAAAGACCUAUUCACCAGAAUCCAAAUCGGCGGCGUUGAGUUUAAGAGAAAGGCUUUAGAAUCGUUGAUUCAGCUCCUCUCAGAGGAUGAGAAAUCAGCUGGGAUUGUUGCAAAGGAAGGGCAUUUUGGGUAUUUAAUUAAUUUACUGGACAUUAAUAUUGAUCCUUUUAUACGUGAACAGGCAGUUGUUGCAGUAUCAAUGCUUGUUUCUUUAAGUGAACAGGCGAGGAAAUGCGUGUUUGAAGAAGGUGCGUUAGGCCCUUUACUUAGAAUUAUUGAGUCUGGUUCUGUUACUAUGAAGGAAAAAGCGGCUUUGGCUGUUGAAUGUAUUACUAAUGAUCCUGAAAAUGCUUGGGCUAUCUCAGCUUAUGGUGGUGUGCCUAUACUCUUAGACCUAUGUAAAUCUGGGUCUGUUUCUGCUCAAAUUCAUGCUGUUGGGGCAAUCAAGAACGUGUCCACAAAUGAAGAUGUGCGUAUUGCGUUAGCAGAAGAAGGUGCAAUUCCUGUUCUUCUACAGUUAAUGGUUUCAGGCAAGGCGUCAGCGCAAGAAAAGGCGGCGAAUUGCGUAGCGAUUCUUGCUUCCUCUGGUGAGUACUACCGGGAUUUGUUAAUUCAAGAAAAGGGAUUGCAAAGAUUGCUUCAUUUGCUUCAUGAAUCGUCGAAUUCUGAUACAUUAGAGUAUGUUUUACGGGCUAUUCAUUCGUUAUCUUCUUCUGAUUGUACGUCGAGGGUUCUUAGUUCAUAUACUACGUUUGUGAUUCAGUUAGCGGAGCUUAUAAAGCAUGGUAGCUUAAUGUUACAGUAUAUUUCCGCUUCACUGCUUGCAAAUUUAUCUAUAAGUGAGGAGAAGAAGAGGGCUAUAGCUGGGUGUAUGGGGUCAUUGGUGAAGCUGAUGGAAUCAGCUAAACCAGAUGGGCUGCAAGAGGUGGCGGCGAAUGCAUUGGUUUCUUUGUUGGCUGUGAAGUCGAAUAGGAAGGAAUUGGUUAAGGAUGAGAAGAGUGUGAUGAGGUUGGUACAAAUGUUGGAUGCUAAAAACGAUGUGGUGUCGAAGAAGUUCCCAGUGGCAGUGGUGGCGGCAAUCAUGGCGGGAGGGAGCCAUGGUUGUCGGAAGCGACUAGUGGAGGCCGGAGCAUACGGACAUUUGCAGAAGCUGGCGGAGGCAGAGGUUGUCGGAGCUAAGAAAGCCUUUCAGAGACUUUCAGGCAAUAGGCUAAAGAGCAUUUUCACAAGGACAUGGAGUAAUUAGCAAAUGCAAACUAACCAACAAAAGGUGGUUGUUUGGAUUUUCACAACUGUCAAAAUGUGGAAAACCACCUCAUUUCCUACAAAGAAACCAACAAAAAAUCACUACACACUUGGUACACCCCAACUUUAACCUUAUACUACACUAUUGUUCUCAAUUAGAAAAAAGAAAAAAGCCUGAAAAAAAGUUGAAUUUAUUAUUCUAAACUAUAUAACACAUGGCAUGGAUGCGGUUUUUAGGGAGUAUCCUUGUUUGUUUAUUUUUUCUCUUUUUUUCAUUUUUUCUGUUUAUUUCACAAUGUGAAGCUUUUGUAAGUGAGUGAUAGUGCUUGCCACCCCACCCUUUUUUUUCAUCCUAGGCAUGGUUAAUAUUGUAUAUUCAAAGGUUUGUUUUUCUUGUAAUGGCCAAAGCCCUAAUUACAAAGUGUGCAACUUGUCUCUUCAAUUUAUUUCUUCUCUCUUUAUUGGUGAAAAA